AUGUUAUCAAUCGAGAGAAAAAGAACAGAAAAAGUUGAUUUUAGUAAACCAUUAACUAAAUAUAUUAAAGAACAAUUUAGUAAAGCAGAAUCAGAUCAACAUGAAACUCAAAUUGCAACUUUAAAUGGAUUAAGAGAAGAUGUUAGAAAUUUACAAGAAAGAACUGAAACUUCAAAAGAAAUGGUUUGGAAAUAUUAUUCAAUUUUAUCAUCAUUAGAAUUAAGAUUUCCAAUUAGUGAAAAUAAUGUAAGAAUUUCAUUCCCAUGGACAGAUUCAUAUAGACAAAGAAAAUCAACAUUGUAUAGUAUUUAUUUUGAAAGAGCAUCAGUAUUAUUUAAUUAUGGAUCGAUAGUAUCACAAAUAGCAUCAUCAACCAAUAGAUCAAAUAUAGAGGGAGUUAAGAAAGCAUGUAAUCAAUUUCAAUUGGCAGCAGGUGUAUUCAAUAAGUUGAGAGAAUAUGCAUCAUUACAUCCAGAAUGUUCAACAUCAGCUGAUUUCUCAUCAGAAUCAUUACAAGCAUUAGUAACCAUAAUGUUGGCACAAGCUCAAGAAUGUAUCUAUGAAAAGGCUUCAAUGGAUAAUCUAUCAGAUUCAAUCCUUUCAAAAUUAGCUGCUCAAGUUGCUGAAUAUUAUGAUACAUUUAAUCAACUUUUAAAUUCAAAUUCUUUAAAAUCAAUUGUUGAUAGAAAUUGGAAUAUAACUGCAACAGUUAAAAGUUAUUUAUAUAAAGCUAUUUCAUUAUAUUGUCACGCAAAAGGGUUAGAACAAGUAUCACAAUUUGGUGAACAAGUUUCAAGAUUAAUGAUUGCAGUUGAUAAUAUUAAUCAAUCAAAAGUAAACUUAGCCAAAACAGCACCAAUUGAAUUGAAAGAGAUUGUUGAAAGAUAUGUAAUUUCAAUCACUAGAUAUUGUGAAUCAGCAAAGAAGGAUAAUGAUACCAUCUAUCAUGACACAAUUCCACCAGCUCAUAAAUUAACACCAAUUGAGAAGAAACCAUUAGCAAAAGCAUUACCAUUACCAGAGAUUAAUUUUGUUGAUCCAUUCAAUUCAUUAGUACCAUUCUCUGUUAAAGAAGAUUCUGCAUAUUAUAAUGAUCAAAAAGAAACUUUAUUAAGAAAAGAAUUGGAUAAUAUUGAAUUUCAUAAUCAAUCUGCAAAAGCAUCAUUAUUAUCAAUGGGAUUACCAGGAUCAAUUGAAGCAUUAGAUGUUGGUGUACCAGUAGCAUUAAAAGAAAAGAUGAAUGUUGUUACAAAUGAACAAGGUGUUAGUAAUAUAACUAGAUUAUUAGAGAAUAUUCAACAAUUAUCAGAUGAAGAUAGUGCAAUUUGUUUAUCAGCUGGUAAUCUAUUGAAAAAGGAAGAAGAUGAAGAUAAUUUAAUGAGAGCAACCUAUGGUGCACAAUGGCACAGAACUCCAUCCUAUACAUUGACUGCAAAUCUAACUCAAGAUUAUGCAAAGUAUACAAGUCAUUUACAACAUUCCACUAAAUCUGAUAGUUUUAUUAGAAAGAAAUUUGAAGAUCAUAAAAAUUCAAUUCAAGAAUUAGAGAAUCAAACAGAGAUCAUUGCAUUGUUACCAACCAAUAAUUUACCAUCGGGUAAAAUAGCAGAGAUUGCAUCGUUGACAGUGUUGAUGAACGAUUUGGAUGCUUUGAUGGCCAAUAGAGAAUCGAUAGCAGAGAAACUAAAGAAUCUUUGCAAGAAGGAUGAUAUCACUUUGAAACUUUUAUCACCUCAAAAGGAUAAAUCUUUAAUUUACGCAGAGGAAAUCCAAAAAUACGAACCACUUCAAAUGUCUUUGAAUGAGAGUUUCUUGAAACAACAAAAACUCAUUGAAGAUAUUAGAAAAGAGAAUGAGAAAUUCACAAAUCAAAAAUCAAAACAAGGUAAUCAAAGAGAGGAAAUCCUUCAAAAGUAUGCAAAUGCUUACAAAGUCUACAAUGAGUUAAAGGCAAACUUGGAUGAAGGUACUCAAUUCUAUUUGAAUUUCCAAGAGAUUUUAAAUAAAUUUUUAAAUAGAUGUAAAGAUUUCACCACUGGUAGAGAGAAUGAAAAAAUUGAAUUAAAAAGACAAAUUGAAGCUGGUGUUAAUCCACAUUCACCUUUAACUUCACCUUCUCCAUCUUUACAAUCACCAGUUAAUAAUUAUCCAAAUCAAUUCUCUUCACCACAAUAUCAUACUUCACCAAAUCAACAACAACAACAACAACAACAAUAUGUACCAUCAUCUCAACCACCACCACAAUACUCUUAUAAUCCACAACCAUAUCAACCACCACAACAAUUUGGUGGACCAUUACCACCACCACAAUCUUUUUCUGCUCCACCACCACCACAAUCUUUUACUGCUCCACCACCUUAUAAUUCAAAUAAUAAACAUUAUUAA